UGUGAGGUCAGUAGGGAAGUUACAUUUCCAUGCAGCUAAGAAUAAGAUGCUCACUGAAACCAGGUACAGGAUGAGGCCAUUGAACUUGAAAGUGCAGCACAGAGACUCCUCCACAGACAGUUGGCAGUUACCGAGUUAUGUGGCCAUUAGAAAAGUCUCAAGUGUUAACAGUAGCUUUUAGGCGGUGUCUUCUCCAAAGGGGGCAUCUAGCUCUUAACCUACUGCUGAAAGAGAAAUACCAUUGUCUAUUAAUACUACUGGAACUAAAGAUGAAUAGUGAAUUGGCCUUGAUCUGACAGUGAGUUUGACUUUGAUAGCUCAUCACUUAAAAAGGUUCUUUUAUAUUUAUGAAAAAAGCAUGACGUCAAGCCAGGGGGGGGAAUUGAUACCAAUAUUGAAGACCAAACUCGUAGGGCUUCCAAAAGAAAAAAAAAAAAAAGCCCCUUGUGCGAAUGGGUUUUUUUUUACAUGCAUAACUAAUUAGCUUAGGUUAUUAUAAGCAGGGCUGCUGUGAUAAAGUUUCCGGUGGUGUCUCAGGAUACCUUGUUUAUAGUGCCUUCUCUAUGCCCGUCAGUCUUUGAACUGGAAUUACAGAAAGUAGAGGGAGUGAAUAGUCUACCGUUUCUCUCGUUGGACUGGGGCCACCUAAAACGUUGUUAUGCUGGAAAUGCUAGAAUACAAUCACUAUCAGGUGCAGACCCACCUCGAAAACCCCACCAAGUACCACAUACAGCAAGCCCAAAGGCAGCAGGUAAAGCAGUACCUUUCUACCACUUUAGCAAAUAAACAUGCCAACCAAGUCCUGAGCUUGCCAUGUCCAAACCAGCCUGGCGACCAUGUCAUGCCACCAGUGCCGGGGAGCAGCGCACCCAACAGCCCCAUGGCUAUGCUCACACUUAACUCCAACUGUGAAAAAGAGGGAUUUUAUAAGUUUGAAGAGCAAAACAGGGCGGAAAGCGAAUGCCCAACUAUGAACACGCAUUCACGAGCGUCGUGCAUGCAGAUGGAUGAUGUAAUCGAUGACAUCAUUAGCCUAGAAUCAAGUUAUAAUGAAGAAAUCCUGGGAUUGAUGGAUCCUGCUUUGCAAAUGGCAAAUACGUUACCUGUCUCUGGAAAUUUGAUUGAUCUCUACGGUAACCAAGGCCUGCCACCCCCAGGCCUCACCAUCAGCAACUCCUGUCCAGCCAACCUUCCCAACAUAAAAAGGGAGCUCACAGCGUGUAUUUUUCCCACAGAAUCUGAAGCAAGAGCGUUGGCUAAAGAGAGGCAAAAAAAGGACAAUCACAAUUUGAUUGAACGAAGAAGACGAUUUAACAUAAAUGACCGCAUUAAAGAACUAGGUACUUUGAUUCCCAAGUCAAAUGAUCCAGACAUGCGCUGGAACAAGGGAACCAUCUUAAAAGCAUCUGUGGACUAUAUCCGAAAGUUGCAGCGAGAACAGCAGCGCGCAAAGGACCUUGAAACCCGGCAGAAGAAGCUGGAGCACGCCAACCGGCACUUGUUGCUCCGAAUACAGGAACUUGAAAUGCAGGCUCGAGCCCACGGACUUUCGCUUAUUCCAUCCACGGGCCUCUGCUCCCCCGACCUGGUGAAUCGGAUCAUCAAGCAAGAACCCACUCUCGAGAACUGCAACCAAGACCUCCUUCAGCACCACGCAGACCUACCUUGCACGACAACGCUUGAUCUCACCGACGGCACCAUCACCUUCAACAACAACCUUGGCGCGGGGACCGAGGGGAACCAAGCCUAUAGCGUCCCCACGAAAAUGGGAUCCAAACUGGAAGACAUCCUGAUGGAUGACACCCUUUCUCCCGUUGGCAUAACUGACCCGCUGCUCUCGUCAGUGUCCCCCGGAGCUUCCAAAACAAGCAGCCGAAGGAGCAGCGUGAGCAUGGAGGAAGCCGAGCACGCUUGUUAGCGGCCGUCCUGCCCUGCGCUUUCCGAAACUGCUUACUUUCUCAAUUCGUAGGUUUCCUAAUUUCCCCGAAGGGGGUUUCUUGAUAAUUUUUCCUUUAAUAUGAAAGUUUUUUUCAUGCUUUAUCAAUAGCCCAAGAUAUAUUUUAUUUUUAGAAUUUUGUGAAACAGACUUGUAUAUUCUAUUUUACAACUACAGAUGCCUCCAAAGUAUUGUACAAUGAGUGUACAGUAUCUGCGAACUGAAUUCACCCCGGACUUUAGCUUUCUGAGCAAGAGGAUUUUGCAUCAGAGAAAUUUCUGUCCAUUUUUAUUCAGGGGAAACUUGGUUUGAGAUUUUUUUUUUUUUAAAUGCCUGUGACAUCUUUGGAAAUUAAAUGUAAAGUUUAAUUGAAAGAAUGUAAAGCAACCAAAAAUUUAAAAGAAAAAAAAAAGGCAGAGAGAAAGAGAUUGAGGAAAGAAAGGAAGAAAUCCAAACUAACCAUUUUUUACUUUGUAAAUGUAUUGAUUCAUUGGUACUGCCUUAAAGAUCCAGUACCGUUUUAACAACAUUUAGCCUUUCUACUGCAAGCUAUUUAAGGCAAUACAAUAUUCUGUUAAAAAAAAAAAAAAGUGCAUCCAAUUUGAUGAGGAUUGUCUGGUUAGAAAAUAUAACUGAUCCCUUACUUAGGUGCAAGUGAAAUUGAAGGGUUAGAGAGCGAGGCCCUGACACAUGGGCCCUAAUCUUGCUGUCCUUCACUCUGUGCUCUGUUAACAGUUUUCCUCAUCAGUUAGUGUGAUUCAGUUUUCCAUAAGAUAUAUUUUAUUUUAAAAGGAAAUGAGUGUCCUCUCAAAAUAUUGAGGAGCACUGAAAGUUGUCCUUUUUAAAAUUUUUUUCCUCUCUCUCUCCCAUUUCACUUUUGAUAAAGAAAACCAAACUGGGCACAUUUCUAAUUGGCUUUCCUAUUUUUAUUUUUAAAUUAUGUUUUACUGUUCAUUUGAUUUGUACAGAUUCUUUAUUAUCAUUGUUCUUUUCAGUAUGUUUGUAUUAAUUUGUAAGAAUAUGCAUCUUAAAAUGGCAAGUUUUCAAUAUUUUUACAACUCACUGGUGGUUUUCCGCAUUCUUUGUACCCACGUGAAAGAAAACUUUUAUGCAAGGUCUUGUGUUUAAAGAGAGCUUUGCGAAUAUUUUGUAUAUUACCGUCUCACUUGGAACUGUUUUUUUCCACACGUUUAAGGUGUAGUAUUAAUAGGCAAAAACUGGCUUUCUAGAGAAAAUAAACUUACAUAUUUAUUUUUAGUGAUAUAAAAGUAGCAAUAUUCUUGGGAGAAUGAUCACCAUAGCGUUGAUACGCCCAUAAUGGUCAUUUAAAUUGGGGUUUAUUUCAGCAAACAGCUGCUGAAUUUUUGGAAGGAGAGAAAUAACUGUAUUGGCAAAUUACUGUUACUGGGUAGCAGUGUUUCAACAAGCAGCAAAGUUGUAAGUUAGUUUCAGUGCAUUAUCUACUUGUGUGGUCCUUUGCAAUAACAGUAGUGUUACAUGUAAUCUAUCUGGCCUACGUGUUUUAUACAGCUGACAUAUGGUGUUAAGAGCCAGGCUGUUGAAUGGAAUUUCUCAGUAGCAGCCUACAAUUGAAUAGCAAGUGGCAUAAAGCAUAUCCAUUCAGAAUGAAGUGCCUUAAAUAUAGCAGUAGUCUUUUUUGGACUAGCACUGACUGAACCGUAAUAUAGGAGACAGUUUCAAGAUGGUAUUUUUCAUAUUAAAUAUAUUUUAGUGACAGAGUGCCAACUUUUUUCAUCAGGAAAUCUUAUUCAGAAGGUUUUUUUUUUUUUUUAAAGAAAAUGAGUUUAAAUGUCAAAUACGAAUUGGCGGAUGGGUAUUGGAGGGUUCAAAGAGAAGGUGUGAUUGUCAGGUGUAUGAAUGGAUGGCUUCCCUGAAAAUAAUCAACUGCACAGUUCCCAUGCACGUCGGGCAAUGAGAAUCCUUGGAAACAUUGAUGAUGCGAUCAGUUUUAUAGCUUUAUUACCGAAGGGGGUAGGGAAAAUUAAUUCCCAUUCUUUCAAUCCCCUUAAUUGUAUAGCUCUUUUCCUAGAAUAGUGAUGCAAAUCUGCAUGAACAGCUAACUGUACCAUAGUGUUCACUGAUACAAUCAUAGCAUUGUCUAUUUUUCUCUUCAUAUUUAUAUGGGGGGAGGGGAGCUGGGUGCAGAAGUCAAAGAUCGCUACGGUAUGAUAUUUGUUUUCUUUAGCUGAUGGUGAGGGUUCUUGAAAACGGAGCAAGGUUGACGAGCCCCUGGCCCAGGGAAUAUGGCCAGGGCUAAGUGACCUUACACAAAGCUCUGUUAGAGGAAGCAUGGCAUCUCAUACCACUGUCCUGACUUUCGCAACUCCUGAGCUCACUGCCACCUGCUUCCCCAUCCCCUUCUUCUUAAAAGUCAAUUUCUCGGAGUGGCGGGUGAAGAAGCCCAGGAGAAUGCUGCAGCCUCGGGGGGUGGUUUUAUUUAUUUCUUUUUUGCCAAAUUGAGUGUGGAUUUGUUUUAGGGACUAGUUAAGCCAAGAAGCGGUGGUUUGGGGUCGUCGUUUGUGACCGCGAGAGAAUGAUCCACACCACUCCCCCCAUCCCUGAGAGCACACUUGUGACUCGGGGUCGGGCCUCCGUAUGGAGUGACCAAAAUGCCAAACUUGUCCACCUGCCUCCGGGUAAGGCCAUGGAAAUACCAAACCCUUUGACUUUGCCAAAAACCCUUACAACCAACCUGGUCAUACACAGGAUGACAAAGUUCUUUCUGGUUGUUUUUAAAUAAUAAAGCAAUAAGAACAAAUAAAAUACAUAGGAAGUUAAGAGAUAUAAAAUAAAGCACAAAGGAAUGCACUUAUUAAUAUUUUUUAAAAAUGCACUGGGGAAAAGUUGGUGUUGAUAGCAGUAUAUUAAAAGACCCUAUUUCUUGAAAAAAAAAAAAAAAGACAAAUGACUGUCUCUUGCGGACGCUUGGUACUGUAAUGUUAAUAAUAUAGUCCCCUGCUGUUGGACGCAGCAAUCAUUUCUGUAUGGUCCAUAGCACUGUAUAUUAUGGAUCGAUAUUAAUGUAUCCAAUGAAACAAUUGAACUGUUGUUCUUGAUAGCCUCAUUAAAGCAUUUGGUUUUUCA